UCUCCGAGUCCAGCCCACCGCUCAGCUCGUUGUCAAGAGACUGCCGGUAGGUCUACAGUACCGUUGCUUGACUACCCAGACUCGUUGCUCUGGACAAACACUACGCCUUACCCACGUUUAUGUAGCGAAAGAUUGAGCAGCAGAAGAAUUUAGCGUGAAGGCUUGUACAGUAGCCUAUUUGCGGAGUGGGAUUGCAUAGAAGCGGAUGAGAGGAGUUGCAAAAAUACUUGGUUGUUUUAUUACGACAAGGAUCGAAAUGAUCGUUCUGCUUUUAUGUAUUCUGUCGGUUUUGACCGUGGUUUACUCAUGUGAUCCAGAAACACAGUACACGAAGAAUGGGGUGUGUUGCAGUAUGUGUGGGCCAGGCACCAAGAUGUUAUCCAGCCAUAGCGGUUGUUUAGAUCCACAUUGUAUGCCAUGCCAAGAGGGUGAAUACCAGCAUGCAUUCACAGACAAGAACCUCUGUAAACUGCAACCAUACUGCGACCCAAAUAAAAACUUUGAGCACAGUACCAAUAGGAACACGACAAGCCUCAGCCCAUGCAAAUGUAAGCCUGGAUACCACUGUUCCAGUGAAGAGUGCCUGACAUGUGUUCCACAUACUAAAUGCAGACCUGGAGAAGAGGUCAAAUCCAAAGGUAACCCCAUACAUGACACGGUGUGUAAGGCCUGUCCUUUAAACAUGUUCUCCAGUGACAGCUCUGCCGAGAGCAAGUGCAAGCUGUGGACGGUUUGUACGUCUGAAUUCAAAACUGAAGCCGAAGGGACAGCCACCUCAGACACGGUCUGUGUGCCAGUACCCAAUUCCUAUGGAACAAUAAUCACAAUUGUAAUGGCCUUUGUAGCUGCAGUGGUUUUGGGUGUUGUCCUGUGCAAAUUUAGAGGUCAACUCGGAGAGGCCUGCAAGAAAGCAAAUGAAUCCUGUAUGGAUUUGAAUCUUAAGAGGGGAACUAAGAGGGCUACAGCAGACGGAAAAGCAGAAGAGGGAAACGCAGGACCUGAAGAGGGGAGGGAACAACUUCAACCUAUAAUCAAAUUGGGAGAGCCACCAUCAACACCAUACCCAUCAUUGCCAGGUCCUCAAAUACCAGAGGAGGUUGAAGCUAAAGACAUGUCUGAAAAUGGACAAUUGGUGGUGCAGGAGGAGGGUAAAUCUCACCAUGUUUCUGUUUCUGAUACACAAAGUGUAUUUUAUGAAUAGCUAUAGAUCACAUGACCACCUGGCUUCACCUAUUGCUUAACAUGACAAACAACAGCCAGGUUGUGCAUUAAUUAAUACAGUAGCGGUGUGUGGGUAAAAUCACUGGGGAAGCCAAGCCAGGACAAAAGGUCAUACUACAACCUAUGUUGUGAUAGUUGCGUUGUUUGCUCUAUACCCAUUAGUUCAUACACCACCGUGAUAUACAAUAAGACAGUGACAACAAGAAGACAACAGUCACACAGUGGUGGAAUAAAUUCCGCGACACAUACGUUUUUGUUUCAUCACAAGACCGAAGAGCAACAUCUGACCCGUUGAAGUCCACAAAGCAUAUUGUAUGUAACAAACAGUUGUGUUACCUAGAGCAUGGUCAAUAAAGUUUUAUGUUUUUGACAGUUACUAAUGAGCUACUGAAUUAGAACCACAGAAUUACCUCAAGUCACUACAAAGACAACACGAACACUGUCCCCGCUAUUCCAGCACCAUUUCAACUUAAAACAUUUAAAACAUCAUCAAUCAAGGCUAUAUAUGCUUAGUUUAAUACACUGAAAACAAACUUAAAAAUACCAAAAAUAUUUUAGUCCAAUCAAUGUUGCUAAAUAUAAUUCUGGCUGUGUGCGUGUGUGUGCGCAAGUGGGAAAAAAAGAAAGUUCACUCACCCUAAUUGUAGAUUAGUUAAACGCCAAUGCCAUCCUCCUCUCUUUCAUGUUGGCAAAACGUUCUAUGGCUUUGUCAUAUAGUAUGCUUUUAGUUUUUUAUUUUCAUAGGCUACCUAGAUAAAAUGCUUGCUAUCCUUACUUCCUCACAUGGGCAACAAUGAUUGAUAUGGUUGAAUGUUCUGUAUAUUGUAAAUUGUUGUAAAAAGUAUUGGUUGCUGUAUUCUGUUAUAGAAGAUGUUCAUAAGCACACUAGAGAAUGGCUUUUUUAUUAUGUCGUUCUGUUUUAAUUACUCUCCUUUGCAUUAAACUAUCAAAAAUAAAUGCUACUGAGUUGUUCAUAAGUACAAUGCCCAUUCAAAUUUGAAAUGUCUGUUUUGUUUUUUAUUAAAAAUUUAAAAUCAA